AUGAAGGCCUUUAACCAAGCAUUCAAUCAGCCAGGGGGCGCGUUUCGAGUCCUCCUCGUCACCUUUGCGAUCGUCCAUUUCGUCCGAAUCUUUCUAAUUCCCACCGUCGCGUGGCUAAUCGGCAGUGAGGAAUUCGCAGACACCGAGCGCGUAGUCCGUAUCAUCGGGUUUCGGCCGUCGGGCCCGUGCUCGCUCCCGCGGCCGGUGAGCAACUGCACGGUGAACGAGCGCAUCCACAUCGUGCUGGUGAGCGCGCAAUGGGACCGCGAGCCGUUCACGCGCGACGAGACGGAGGUGAUUCUCAAGUCGAUCCUGAUGUCGACGCAGUGCCGGCUAUUCUUCCACUUCAUGGUGUCGGGCGAGGCGGAGGAGUGGGGCAUCUCCGACAUGAUGGAGCAGCUCGGCGCCGUGCCCUUCGACGCCGUGGGGCCCGUGUCGCCCAACCUCGUGCGCCACGACAUCGACGCGCUCGUCGACCAGAUCAGCUACGACCCCAACCACGACGACAAGGUCCGCGCGCCCGUCCCGCCCUGCGUCACUCCUGCCGUGUGCCGUGCCUGGCGGGCCGUGGCGGACGAUCCUCCAGUGGGCUACACCAUCCACCCCAUCCCUGUCUGCUGGGUUCGCCAUAAGGCAACUGCAUGCGCGCAUCCAUCCCCCCCCUCGUCCUUCCGCGCGGCGGGGUGUCAGGCGGAGCUGCUGGGGAUAAACAUAACGCACCACUCGGGCGAGGCGGGGUUUGCAAAGCUGUUUCUGCCGGAGAUCCUGUGGAACGUGCGGCGCGCCAUCUACCUGGACGUGGACAUGGUGGCGGCGGAGGACCUGGGCGCGCUGUGGGGGUACUUCCGCGAGAUGGACGCGGACCCCGACCUGCUGCUCUUCAUGGGCGACAACCACCCCACCGCCUACGGCCCGCGCUCGCGCUACCCCUUCUGCUCCUGCCAGCUCAUCAUGGACCUCGACCGCCUCCGCCGCCACAACCUCACCCGCCUGGUGAUGGAGGCGUUUGGCGAGCAGAAAGCGAUGGAGGUGUGGGGGUUCAGGCCGGGCGACCAGUGGGUGUUCACCAUGAUGUGCAUGAACAACCCCGACAAGUGCCGCACCCUGCCCAAGAUCUGGAACGUCUCCGGCUGCUCCAAGCCCCGCUUCCUCGGCCUCAACGCCCGCGACAAGGACCAGGUGCGCUGUGUGCAUGCGACAAGGACCAGGUGCGCUGUGUGCAUGCGCCAAGGACCAGGUGCGCUGUGUGCAUGCGCCAAGGACCAGGUGUGCUGUGUGCAUGCGCCAAGGACCAGGUGCGCUGUGUGCAUGCGCCAAGGACCAGGUGCGCUGUGUGCAUGCGACAAGGACCAGAACGGGACGUGUUGGCGAAUGGCGCAUUUCAACUGCAUAGGAGUGAGGGACAACCGCUACUACGCGCUGGCCAACACCGACUGGGAGGACAUGCGCCAGGCACCCUACAGCGGCGCCAGGCACCCUACAGCGGCGCCAGGCAUGGCAGCUGUGCCCGCCUCGGCGCCUGUACUCACCGGCCGUCGCGCUGCUGGCUCAGCGCCGUCCGCGCUCGGCGCUCUCAGCAGCAACGCGACAUGGCGGAAUGGAGGCGGGCGCCUUUCCAGGUGGAUGCCAGAGGUGCCGCCGAUGCGGCGCAGGGGCAGAAAGGCCCGUGUGAGCGCGCGCGCGUCCACCCGCCACCUGCCGCCCAUCCCCACGGCCUUCCCGCCCCUGCCUGACCCCGCCCUGCCGCCCUACGAACAGUUCGUGCUGCCCAACGGCCUGCGCGUCUUUCUGCUCGAAGACCACGAGCUGGGGCUGGUGGGUGGGCAGCUGCUCGUGAAGGGCGGGGCGCAGUAUGAAGCGCCCGACAAGGUGGGAGUGGCGGGCAUGAUGGCGGCGGUGCAGCGCAGUGGGGGCACGCAGCAGUACCCCGAGGAGCACCUCGAUGACACGCUUGAGGCAAUGGCGGCGUCAAUAGAGACAUCAGCGGGCACCUCAUCGCUCUCAGCGUCCUUCCGCUGCCUGCAAGAGGACGCCCCCACCCUGCUCCCACUACUCCGCGAUGGUCCGCCCUCCUCGCCCUUGCCCGCCCCUGCCUGCCUCUGCUCCAUGCAAAUGUUGGUGCUGGCACCGCUGCUACCAGCAUCCAAGCUGGCCUUCUCGUGCACGCAGCUGCUCGGCUCCAUCGCCCGCCGCAACGACGAUCCAGGGCGGGUGGCAUCAAGGGAGCUGCAGCGCCUGCUCUACAGCCCCGCCUCCCCACGCGGCCGCUACCCCCUCGCUGCUGACGUCGCCCGCAUCUCCCUCGCCGACCUGCGCGCCUUCCACGCAGCUUCCUACAGCGACCCAUCGCAGGCAGUGCUGGGAGUGUGGGGCGACUUUGACGCGCGGAGCAUGCGCGCGCUGCUGGAAGACACCUUCCUCGCCUGGCCCGCUGCCCCCGCCACCCCUGCGCGGCGCGCUGCCAAGGGGCGGGCGGUGCCGUACUGGGGCCCGGAGGAGGGCGUGGCAGCCAGCGCAGCGGGCGUGUAUGUGGUGGACCGCCCCGGGCUCACCCAGAGCAUAGUGCGCGUGGGAGAGCUGGGCAUCACGAUCAGCGACGAGGACGUGUUUGCACUGGACGUGCUCAACGCCAUCCUCAAUGGCUUCGGUGGCCGCCUCUUCGACCAGGUGCGGUCGAGAGAGGGUCUGGCAUACUCGGUGUCGGGUUCGUGGUCGCCAGGCGUUGACCACCGGGGGGCGUUUGUGGGGGGUGGGGAGACGAGGGCGGAGGCAGUGGGGCAGUUCGUCACAGCAGUGCAGCGCGUGCUGGGCGAGGCCACGCUGUUACCACCUUCACCGGGCGAGCUACAGGAGGCCAAGGACCGGGUGCUCAACUCCUUCGUAUUCAACUUCGCUGACAGUGGAGCACAGCUGAGUCGCAUAAUGACGUACGAGCUGUUUGGCAUCGAUCAGGACUUCAUCUUUGAGUUCAAGCGCCGCGUGGAAGCACUCUCCCCCGAGGCCGUGCUGGCAGCGGCGCAGCGCCGCCUGCACCCUGGGGAGCAGCCCAUCGUGGUGGUGGCGGACGCUGCUGCCGUCAUGCCGCAGCUCUCCUCCCUCGGCCUGUCCGUCACCCUCAUUGACCCCGUCUAG